AUGUUCGCUGCAGCAUCGAAUAACGAGGAUUUCCUCAUGUUCAGGACUCAGUCAGCUGAGCCAGGCUGUUUUGCUGGCUCUGCCUCUCUCCGCAGGUGUUCCCAGUUGACCGGUGGGCGGGGCACACACGCCGGGAUUGGUUCAGCAGCGUCUCGCCACGCUACAAGAACUACGUGCGGACAGCAGGAGGAUGUGUUAUCAGUCGUGGCUUCACCCGAGUGCUCUUGUCUUCUCACUGGAGAAGUCCUCUCAACAGAUCUCCCUUCGGGGACUCCCUCUCAGGGCUCACCUGUCGCCCCGAGCUCCUCUGGUUCCCCCGCUGUCCCAGAUCAUCGGAUCGGCGACGCUGCUCGGACCCCCGCUCCACCUACGCCCCUCCCCGGUCCCUGGAGCACCUGCCACCAUCGUUACAUCACGCUGAGUCCUUACCGGUCCGGUCGCCGCACCCGGUGGCAGCUCCACACACCUACUAACAUCCUCCUCCUCUCUCUGGCUGUGUCAGACUUUCUUGUUGGUCUCCUGCUGAUGCCUUUAGAGAUCUACCGAAACACAUCUUGUUGGUUUUUUGGAGAUAUCAUAUGUGUUUUGUAUUGUUUCCUGAUUGUUCACAUAGUAUGUGCUUCGAUUGGGAAUAUUGUUCUCAUUUCAGUUGAUCGCUAUAUUGCCAUUUGUGACCCUCUGCAUUACCCCAACAGAAUUUCUACAGCAAAAGCGAAAUGUUUUGUGUGUCUGUGUUGGCUGUGGUAUGCUUUCUAUAGCAUAUUCUUUUUGAAGGAUGAGCUGAUACAACCAGGAAGAAUGCAUUCCUGUGCUGGCGAAUGCUCACUUAUCAUUCAAUAUGUAGUUGGAACUAUUGAUCUAAUUUUAAACUUUGUAUUUCCAGUUACCAUUAUCAUAGUCCUCUAUACGAGAGUGUUUGUGGUGGCUCUGUCUCAGGCUCGUGCAAUGCGCUCUCACAUUACAUCUAUCACACUCCAACGUUCAUUGAAUGUCAUAACAAAAUCGGAUUUGAAAGCAGCCAGGACUCUUGGUAUUCUCAUUGUUGUAUAUCUUGUAUGUUUCUGCCCAUAUUAUUUUUACUCUCUCAUUGAGGUUAAUUUUACCAGUACAUAUGGCAGUUUUGUUGUGUUUUUGUUUUAUUUUAAUUCUUGUCUUAAUCCAUUAAUCUACACCCUGUUUUACCCCUGGUUCCGUAAAGCUAUCAGACAUAUUGUUUCUCUACAGAUACUACAGCCUGGCUCUUGUGAGGUAACACUGUAGUGUAGUCUGAGAUUUCUUCAGUCCAAAAAGAUUGGAAAGACACUUGCUUUUUAUUGUAUUCAAUACAUAUUUGUUUAAGAUUUUUAUUUUGGAAUAAGCUUCAUCAAAGUAUUACAGAUUUAUUUUAGGAAUGUACUUUAGUUUCUGUAUUAAAUAUUUAUCUUUAGUGUUCAGUACAAUUUGAACACUCAGAAUCUUAAAAAAGUAAAAACUUCUUGUAAAUAUGGAAUAACUUAUUUAGCACUGAUUCAUUUUCUUAAUCUAAAAAAAUACUGGUGGAAAAACAAUUGUUUUUAAAAAGGUAACCUUGAAUAUUUUAUAUCGGCAUUAUGUUCCAGUGUCCCAAUGUUUGCGUGAUGAAAGCCUUAUUGCAACUAUAAACUGAUGAUGUGCAUCGUCCAUAUACACACUAUGUAUAAUUUUGAAAAAGAAUGGAAAUGACAAUGUGAUUUAAAUCAACUUAAAGUUGCUUAUUGUUUUUAUUUUAAGCCAGUCUAUGCCUAUGCCAAUUGUACAAUUACUUUUUUCCCCCCAGUGUCCUGUCUAGCAAUGUGGCAAUAAGAAUUGAUGUC